GCGCAAUGGUUCAGUUGAUUUGCUCGGCCGCCGAGGGGCUGUCCUCGUUUCAGGGGCUCGAGGGCUGGCUCGUGAUCUGGUUGUUUUUUUCGCUGUUCGGCUACCUCGUGCUGACGGGCGCUUCGAUCGCCGCGUUCGUGUACUGGUACGUGUACCCAACCUACGAGAAGUGGUGCACAAAGACGAACCCGAAGUACCCGUCGCCCACCUACGUGGCCGGGGAGUUGUUCCUCGGAGGUAUCCUUGGCCCACUGGCCGUUAGCUUCAGCAUGUCCAUCCACCUCUACCUCAUCGGCAACGGCACGCUCAGACACCACUGCGACACGCCGCUGACGUGGCAGCACCGCCUUCUGUCGGCGGUGAUGGGUGUCGUGAUAAUUGACUUCUACGAGUGGGGGUGGCAUUACCUCGGCCACUGGGUGGACAGUCUCUGGAAUGUUCACAAGCACCAUCACAAGUACUACAACCCGACGCCAUUUGGGACCAUAGCAGAUUGGCCCAUGGACAAUUUCAUGCGGUCUCUGUACCCCAUGGUCUGCUUUGGGGUCUCCCUCGCUCUGUUCGGACAGUACCUCGACAUCGACGUGCUGUACCUCGGCCUGGGCUUUGCCCUGCAGCUCUACGGCAUGUACCUGCACUGUGGCCACGAGCUGGAGUGCCUCCCCUACAACAGCAGGAUCUGGAACACCAGCUUCCAGCACUACGUCCACCACGCGGUGUCGGUGAAGAACAAGCCGCUGCACACCGGCUUCUUCGUGAAACUGUGGGACAACAUGGUGCUCCCCGCGCUGGAGGACCGCAAGCUGGGCAACAGGUCGCGGGAGCGCUGGGAGCAGGAGGUGAAGCCCAACCUGCCAGACUACCGCGUGCUGCUCUCCCCCGGCUGGUGGCGCAAGAAUUGGCGCCUGGCGCCCGGCCUCAACAUCUGGGCCAUGUGA